GUGCUCGCUUCCGGUCUCAGAAAGCUUCUACUUCCGCCACCGGGCAAUUUACUUCCAGGUCCUGCGCGGUAGUUGAAAGAGUAGCGGGAGAAGUUGCAGGGAAUUAAUUUGAUAGCACAUAUUGAUGGCUCUAAAGAAAUCAUCACUCUCACUGGAUUCCAGUGAGAGUGACUCUGAGGAGUUGCCAGUAUUUGCCUUUCUGAAGAAGGAACCAUCUUCAACAAAGAGGAGGCAGCCUCAGAGGGAGGAGAAGAUUGUAGUGGUUGACACCUCAGAUUCUGAACCCUCCUGUCUUUCAUCACCAAGGUUAAGAGAUCCACCACCUGUUCCAUACACAGGUGAAACUGUUACACAAGCACAGCCAGUUAGGGUGCUAAGCAGUGGAAGUGAGGAUGAGGAGGAACUUAUUCCUCUGGCUGAGAGACUUACAUGUAAGUUUCUGACCCACAAGCAACUGAGCCCUGAGGACUCUGGCUCCCCAAUUAAAAGCAUUUUGGAUCAUCAAAAUAAUGAAGGAGCAUCAUGUGACUGGAAAAAACAGCCCUUUCCAAAGAUCCCUGAUGUUCCCCUCCAUGACACCUCAAGGAGGUGGGCAUCAAAUAACAAGGACCUUAUGGUAAACAAUCCAUGCCAUCAGCUUCCAGCCUAUCAAGCUACCUGCCCUGUCCAGAACAAUGGCUUGACAGUAACCAAAACAAAUGCUGAGGUCCCCCUGCCUCAGAAGCGAACCAAGCACAAUCAGAAGAUCCAGAGGAGAGACUCACAGAGAUGCCAGCUGCGAGGACAAGCAAGCCAGAAGGAACGCACCCUGAGACAACAGGAAAGGAAGAAGGUGGCAGCACUAGUUAACAGGCCAAAAGCCCAGAAACCAGAGGAAUGCUUAAAACACAUCGUUGUGGUGCUGGAUCCAGUGCUUUUACAAAUGGAAGGUGGAGGCCAGAUCCUCGGAGCACUGCAGUCCAUGGAGUGCUGCUGUGUGAUUGAGGCGCAGGCCGUGCCAUGCAGCAUUACUUGGAGGAGAAGGGCCGGGCCGGCUGAGGAUGGAGAGGAGGGCUGGGUAGAGGAGCCGAUGGCCCUGGUGCUGCUCUUGGAAGAGGUUUUUGUGUCCAUGAUCUACAACUUCAAGAAGGGGAGUCUGGGCAGCAUCGAGAAAGGGAAGGAAACACUUCGAAGCUUUGUAAUGGACAUCACAGCAAGGACAAGGGGAAAGGCUCUGUCACUGGUGAUUGUUGAGCAGGAGAAAUGCUUCAGUGCUCGAAAUCCUCCAAGGAGAAGGAAACAGGGAGUGGCAAACAGAGACCAGGCCAAGGAGAAGCAGCAGCAGAGACCACCAGAGGCCAACACAGGGCCCGUUGUGUCCAGGGUAGACAUAGAGGAGGCAUUGGUGGAUCUGCAGCUACACACACACGCCCAGGCUCGAAUUGUGCAGAGCUGGAAAGAGCUGGCUGACUUCACAUGCACGUUCACGAAGGCCGUGGCUGAGGCCCCUUUCAAGAAACUCCGAGAUCAAACUAGUUUCUCUUUCUGCCUGGAGAGUGACUGGGCUGGAGGGGCAAAGGUGGAUCGUGUUGGCAGGGGACUUGCUCAGGUCUGGAGGAGACAGAUUCAGCAGCUGAACCGGGUCAGCCUGGAAAUGGCCAGUGCUAUUGUGGCCACUUAUCCCUCCCCGCAGCUCCUAGUCCAGGCUUAUAGGCGGUGUCUUUCGGAGCAAGAACGCCAGAAUCUGCUUGCAGACAUACAGGUGCGCCGUGGGGAAGGAGUGACAUCUACCUCCCGCCGUGUUGGACCAGAGCUGUCCAGGCGUAUCUACCUUCAGAUGACUACUCUGCAGCCAGAUCUCUCUUUAGACGCAACAGACUGAUGCUGGCCCUCAGGGACAGAAUGAAAAACUGGAGAUUCCUACCUCACUCACCUCAGAGCAUGACUACAGUGAAGAGAGUAAAGUGCUCCCUGAAGCACAAGCCUGGGUUGGGCCCACAACAGGCUUUCCUGGGUGUAAUUAUUUGUGAGUCUCCCUGUCAACUGACUGAGAUACUGGCAUUUAUCUUCACCAGCAUUGUGUUCCUCUCCUGGCAAAAAUCAACUGCCAUGCACGAGCUACCCCCACCCCUGCCCCAGCCAGCCCUCAAAUCACCAAAGCAGCACACACAGACCACUCAGACAUGUAUUUAAUCAUUGAAAUCCAAAAGAACCUCAGCAUCAAAUCUAGGGAUCAUGAGUGAACUGCCCUCAGCGGGUUGGCUUUACUAGGCUGGGUGUGCUCCAGCCUUCCUCUCACCCACUGAGGCUGCCUCAACCAGCUAGGGAAUGGGGUUUGAUCACUAGGCCAACUUCUGUAUUCUCUUAUCUUACGUACUACAGGUUUAGUUUCAAUAAAGCAUUUGUACCAAUG